AUGACCACCCGAGGGUCUCUGGCGCCCAGACACCCUCCGGCUCAGACAUGCUGCCGCUGCUGCUGCCGCUGCUGUGGGCAGGUCCCUGGCUCAGAAUCCGAGAUACUGGCUGGACGUGCCGCCGUCCAUGUCGGUGCAAGAGGGCCUGUGUGUCUGCGUGCCCUGCUCGGCCUCCUAUCCCCGGAAAGGCUAGAACGACUCUGGCCCAGCUCACAGCUACUGGUUCUGGAAAAGGGUAGAUUCCCAUGGAGAUCCAGCAGUGGCCACAAACAACCCAGCGCAGUGGUCAGUGAGGCCCAGGGCCGAUUCCUCCUCCUUGGAGAUCCCCGGGCCAAGGACUGCUCCCUGGACAUCAGAGAUGCCCAGAGGAGGGACACGGGGACAUACAUCUUUAGGUUGGAGAGAGGGCCUACUGUGAGAUAUAGUUAUGCAUUGAAGCUGCUCUCCGUUCGUGUGACAGCUCUGACAGACACAGCUGACAUCCACGUCCAGGGGACCCUAGCAUCCGGCCGCCCCACCAACUUUACCUGUGCAGUGCCAUGGGCCUGUGACAGGGGGACGCCCCCCACCUUCUCCUGGACCAGGGUCGCCCUCACCUCCCUGCACCCCGAGAGUCCCCGCUCCUCAGUGCUCACCCUCACCCUGAGGCCCCAGGACCAUGGCACCAACCUCACGUGUCGCGUAACCUUCCCCAGAGCUGGUGUGAGCACAGAGGUGACCAUCAGGCUCAAUGUGUCCUAUGCCCUGCAGAACCUGGAUAUUCGGGUCUUCUGGGAAAACAGCACAGGUGUCUCCUCUUUCUGCCCCCAAGACUUUGGGGAGAGUCAGGGCUCCUGGCCCCUGGUCCUCACCCUGCUGAGGGGCGCCCUGAUGGGGGCUGGUUUCUUCCUUACCUGUGGCCUCUUCUACACCAGGUUCAGAAGGUCACAGGGGAGGAGGGCUAGGAGGUGUGACUCAGCCUGGUCCCUCCUGGGGGUGCUUCAGAGGUCUGUGGACAAGGAGGCGCUAAAGACCUGGCCCAAGCCCUAACCGGGAAUAACAUCUCAUCACAUCUGGUCUCCAAGUGUCUUCCUGAUCAUUCUACAGGAAUGGUUGGGAGGACAAGGAGGAAACAGAUGUUCUUAUUACAAAAUUGAACUGUGCCACAUGUAAUAGUUUUUCUUCUGUGUGCUUAUCAUGGAGUGGUUUUAAUAUGCCCAUAAUGCAACCUGUAAAAAUAUAAUGUGUGUGAAAGUGUAGUUGCUCAGUCAUGUCCAAC